AUGUUGCUGCGACGCAAUUACCCUGUAAAGGACCGAGUGGCAUCUCACCUCAGUCUGAACCAGUUUAUCCAGUCCAAUGAUCAGAGUAUUUUCUGUCAAGCUUCAGCCUUGUGGCAUCUCACAACCAAAGCCAUCUCUGCCCCAAAAACCUCGCUCGCUCCAAAGCCCUUCUCUCUGCAGAAGAAUCCCAGCAUUCGCUCCAUUAAUGCCCCAAAGGCAGUCACUGAAACGUCUAAGGCAACAACACAGAAGACUGUGCUGACCCCUGCUCAGCAAACCAUCACUCCUGAUCCCAAACCCCUCUCUGUGAGUGCGUUGAACACAAAAAAUCUGCCAAAACCAACAACAGAAAGCAAAACAAGUCUGCAUGGAGAUGACAGCGUUGAUUCUCGUGUAGGAAAAUUAGAUCCUGCCUCACAAACUGCUCCACCCAAGGAGACUCCCAAGUCUGAGCCGAUCCUGAAAGAUGAUGUCAUCCAAACAAACCACAAGGCAUCGUCUGAUGUUGCGCCUGAUUCAGAGCAGAAUGGCAGUAAAAAGAAAGAAGAUGAAUCUCCGACUUCUGUCAUCAAGAAGGUUGAAGAAUCAGGGAGUGAUGAUCCGUCAGCAACUGAUCAAACAUAUCGAUUAGGCACUAUCAGGAAGCGGCUGCCUGCAGAGCUCACCUCAAAGUUUGAGUCAGGUGGACCGUGUCUGCCCCCCAUGCCGAAAGUAUCUAUCUCCACCCCCAAAAACGAUCUAAAUAAGCCAGAGUCUUCAGACCCAGAGCAGAACCAGACAACACCAGAGCCCUCAAACAAAGAGAGCGAUGAAGGUGGACUGCAGGAGGACUACGGCGGAGGAGGCAGCAUAAAACGCAGAAUCAGUCAGCUGUUCGACUCUUCAUCAAGGCCAGAGUCCACAGCAAAGAGAGAGGAGCCGGAAGUAAUUAAUGGUACAGGGGGAGUUAAGGAAAGGAUUAAGAACUGGUCACAGAGACUAGUUUCUGAGACUGAGAAGAAGCCUCAGGUUGCAACCCGAACUCGCUCACAGAAGCUUUGAGCCAGCAGCUGCUCCAGUAGUAGAGGAAACACCGACUGUUGACCUCCUGUUCCUGGUUAUCGUCCAGUGAAGCAGUGGAUCUUCCUUCAAAGGUCUCACUGCUGAAAUACCCACACAGACUCCAACAGAGACAUCGAAUGAGAACAUACAGAAGACACCCAACACAAGUGAGGUCCGUACUACGCAACCGUAGCCCGUUCUUCAAGUCAGACCCACUGAUGAGUGGGAUCCAGCUGCCAGUGAAAGUCCUCAGCGCCCUCUGAAGAGAGACAGAGUCAAACGCCGCUCUGUUCACUUUGGAGUGGGUGGAGAGAUACGAUGGGGGGCCUCCUGUGCCCUUGGCUCGGACCCUGAUUCCAGUGAAGAAGAAGAGGAGCUCCCAAGGAGGAAACAACUGAAUCAAUACCUGUCGACAGAUCAUUUCAGAACAAGGAUGAUGAGGCGCAGAGAGAAGAAGAGGAGCGACUGAAACAUCUGGAAUUCGAAAGAA